UGCUAAAUAACACAAAUAAAAGACUUUAGUCAUUUUAUUCAUUUACAUAAAUGAAUUAUGACUUUGUUUGGACAAGUUGUAAUUAGAUUCUACACUGACUUCGGAAUUGGAAAAACCAAAUGAAAUGGAAAAACCAAAUGAAAUUGAAAAACCAAAAAUUGGUGCAGUAGCAGAAUUAUCACUUCUGGAAAAGGUUAUUUAUUUCGCAAUAUAUUUAUAUUUCUUCGCGAUGGCUGUUUACCAAGUUUACAUAUUUCCACAAGAAAAUCCAAAAGAGCUCUAUUCGCCAGACUUCACUGAUGGUUGGAAAAUCUUGGGUAGAAAGAAGGAUAACUCAGAUUUUGAGUGGCAAUAUUGGAAAAGGCUGAUGGUUCCUUUAAUGAUUGGGUUGUCACUCCAUUCUGUUGGCAAUCGUUUGGUGUCCUGGUUGUAUCCACAGUACAGAAUGGCUUACUUUGCAAUAUUUCCAUUUGGUUGUCUGACUUACAGUCUUGGUUGGAAACAAACAAUGAUUUUUCUGGGGCACAAUGUGGUAUACUUCAUUGCAUCAAAGACUAAAUCAAUUGUGAUUUGUUGGUUGCUUUGUAUUUCUUUGUUGAUAUCUUUUGUCUCAUUCAACCAGUCAAUAAAACUACAGUUUUACACUUUUAACAGAAAUCGUUGGGAAGGUGAUUUUGCUUUAAUUACCUCCCUCAUGUGUCAGCUAAAGGGAACAAGUUUUUGUUUGGACAGUUGUUAUGCAGCAAAGAAAGAAAAAUCUACAAACACCAUAAAAUAUGGUUUUGUGGACUUAAUUGGAUACAAUUUUUACCUACCCCUUUUCUGCAGUGGACCAGUAGUCAAUUUUGAUGACUUUUAUAUACAGGUCAGCAAACCACCUGCACCAUUGUCAAAGAAAGUCUUGAAAUCUUUUGCAUGGGAUGGUGUUCGAUCAAUAUUUUGGCAUUUUGUGGUUGAAAUCAGUUCUCAUUACCUUUAUGUGUCAUCACUAAGCAAGGAUUUAUAUAUCAUAGAAAAUUACUCGCUAUUUUUCUCAAGUGGUCUUGUGUAUCUUCAAGUAUUAUUUUUUUCUGUGAAGUAUGUCAUAUUUUAUCGAGUAGCAGGAAUGUACUCAAGAUUGGAUGGCAUCAAUCCACCUGACAUACCUAUGUGUGUCUUAAAUAUUUAUCUUUUUACGACUAUGUGGAAGACAUUUGAUAAAGGAUUGCAUAAUUGGCUAAUGAAAUACAUUUAUAUUCCAUUGGGAGGCUCUAAGAAUGGCGCUUUCCGACAAAUGCUAAGUUCAAUAACAACAUUUGGUUAUGUGUAUUAUUGGCAUGGUGCAUACGUCCAUUUUGUAUAUUGGUCAUUAAUUCAAUGGUUUGGUGUGUUCUUAGAAGCAAUGAUGGGCAAAUUAGAGAAAACCAAGACAUUUCAAUAUAUUGAGCAUAAUAUGUCAUCACCUACAACCAGACGUCUUCAUGCUUUGGCUGGCAUGUGCUCACUAAUUUCUGGAAUACUUAGUAACAACAUAUUCCUUAUUGGCAUUCACCCCAUACUAGCCUACCUCAAAGCUGUUUUUCUUAAAGGUUCAUCUUGGAACAUAUUCUGGUUUUUUGCUGUUGCAUAUUGUUUGGUUCAGGUUAUAAUGGAGGUUAAAAUACGAACUAAACUCAAACCAAAGUUCACCAAAAUUACAUGACCUAAACGUUUCAAACAGUCUGUAAUUAGUUCUUCUCUUUUACUUAGUAUGAAAUUUUGCUUAAAUAACAUAUGGACAUGAAUUGAUUGAAAA